UAUAUUUUUGUGUCAACAGAUAUUAUCUCAGUAUAAAAUUUAUGCAGCAAGUUGCAGUUUAUAAUUGUCAAAAAUGAAUUUCGAAAACAAAGUGGUAAUAGUGACUGGGUCCAGCUCCGGUAUCGGAGCUGCUGCCGCCAUCUCGUUUGCUAAAGAGGGCGCUAGUGUCGUCAUAGUGGGACGUAACGAAGAAAAGAUGAAAAACGUAAGCAAUAAAUGUGAAAGUUUCGGCAAGAAACCAUUGGUAAUUAAAGCGGAUGUUUCAAAAGAUGAUGAGGCAAAGAAAAUAAUAGAUGAAACAAUAAAUCAAUUUGGAAAACUGGAUAUAUUAGUGAACAACGCUGGUAUAUAUUUGCCCAAUAAUAUUACAAGCGACAAUUUUAUGGACGAUUACGACCGCGUAAUGAACAUAAAUUUACGUGCUCAAGUUUACUUGACGCAUUUAGCGAUACCACAUCUCAUUAAAACCAAAGGGAAUAUCGUUAACGUAUCUAGUAUAGCUGGAACUUACACCAAUGGUGCUCCAAAUUUUGUUUCCUAUUACGUAUCCAAGGCUGGACUGAAUCAUUUCUCUCGUGGAGUUGCACUAAAACUAGCGGAGCACGGCGUCCGUGUGAACAUCAUUAGCCCGGGACCGGUACACACUGAUAUCUUGGAGAAUUCAUCGGUUCCCCUAACUUGGGACAAAUUAGAGGCAACUACUCCUAUGAAUAGAGUUAGUCAGCCUGAAGAGAUCGCAGAUAUGGUCCUCUUCCUGGCAAGUGACAAAGCGAGAGGCAUCACUGGAUCUGAAUUUGUUUCAGAUAACGGUGCAUUAUUGCGAUAAAUGUGUGAUAAUAAUUGCUGCAAUAACCCUG